AAAAUAGUAUGAUUUUUGAGUAAAGGUCGCCAUGGUCCAAACGUGGAAGAGGCGCGACUGGUGAAUCGGGGAUGACCGAAAAGACACAGAAGGCCAGACUGCACCGCCAGACUGCACCGCAACUGAGCAAGAAUGGGGAAUGAAGAAUUAGGGUUCGCAGCAGUUGAGGAGGCGAAGACAAGAUGCAGACGCGUUAUGGAUAGAAUAGAGAGGCUGCCUUACUCCACCAACAUCACCCCUUCCUCCAAGCGAACUCUCCUUCGAUUGGCCAACUCCGAGCUCUCCUUCUUAUCAUCAUCAUCAUCAUCAUCAUCAUCUUCCCCCAAUCCACCAUCCUUCCCUAUCUGCGCAAACAUCGGUCACCUGGAAGCUGUGGUUCACAUUCUCGAACAGUCUUUCGUCACCGGCGUCUCCCGCGUCUGCAAGCCACUUCCCAUAAACUCGCAUUCUCCGGCGAUUGCGAGUGAACAGAAUCGUGCAAAAGAAGGCGUAUACGUGGACAUAGUUUGCACUCUCAAUGGGAACCCCGUCUGGUUCGUCGUCUCCGACAGGAACCCUAAGUACAUUUCUUGGGAUGGGUCUCGCGGAAACGACAAGGGCUUGCGGCUGCGAAUCCACCAAGUCUUUGCUGCUGCUUCUGUCUCUUCUCUCGUGCUAAAACCCUCCUCCUUGAUUCUUUUCUUUGCUAAGGGACUCGAUGACUCAGUUUGCAAGAAGCUUCAGGAUGAAUUCGGAGCCUUUGAGUGCCAAAUGGGUUUUUCUAAUUUUGAUUGCGACUUUUCUGAGGAUUUAGAAGGUGAUUGGAUUCAUGUACUGGGAAGAUCAUAUCAAGAGGCUCGUGUACUUGAAAUAAAGGUCGAUUGUAUUGAUCAGAAUGCUGUUACACGGCGGGUAGAAAGUCACCUGCUUGAGGAAGCUUCUGGGCCCGAACUCUGGGGAGAGCGAACAGUUAUUGACUUGGGUGGUAGCUUCUGUUCUCUCAUUUCAGGAAUGAAAUUUUCCUCGUUCACUGUGGAGGGUUUCUCGCGUGAAGAUGGCAUAAUAAAUUUUGACACCACAGCGCUGAUUGCUCUGGUAUCAGGAAUCAGUAAUGGUGGUACAGGAAAACUUUUGGCUACACCAGAGAGUGAAUUGAGGAGGCGGUUCAAGGGAAACUUUGAGUUUGUCAUUGCACAGGUGAGUUCUGAAAUUCAGAAUCCAAUACAUGCAGAACUGCAUGGUAAAAUAUUUGGAAGAAAAUGCAUCAUAUGUGAAAGUGUGCAUUCAGAAUUCAAGGAACUAGUAUUAAUGUGUGGGGGUUCUAAUGAGAAAGUGAGAGCUGAUUGGUUGUUGGAAUGCCUAAUAGUUGUACCUGAUAGUCCUUCAACACGCAUAAUGAGCCUACCAACAACCAGAAAGUUGGCAUUGAAAAACAAGGUUGUUUUUGGCACUGGAGAUUACUGGCAUGCUCCAACUUUAACAGCAAACAUGGCAUUUGUGAGAGCCGUUUCACAGACUGGGCUGUCUCUUUUUACUAUUGAGCAUAGACCGCGAGCUUUGACUGGUGAUUAGAAUUGACCAUACUUCCAUGGGGAGGUCUUUGAUACAGAAGUUUUGGCCAUGGCCCAUCCUGGGUUCAUCAGUUAUGAGUUCUGCAUUUAUGAAAGGCAAAGAGACCAGUUUGUGCUGUUCCCAGAUCUGAUUUAGACAGGUACUUCAGAUGAUGCUAAAUUUGAUUAGGGACUGGGAACUAAAAUCACUGUGACGUUUUUAUUCCCACGCCCCAACUCUUCAUAGUGAGUGAUGGGAUCAAACAAUGCAGUGGCAUUUAAAUAGUAAUAUAGAGUUUUAUUAGUUAAAAUUUAUUUAAGUUUUGUUUGUAUCAGGAAUUUUAUUUAAACAAUGAAUAUGAAAAAAAAGUAAGUAAAAAAUUUACUUCAAAUUUUUUUAAAAAAAAUAAAUUUACAAAAUCAAAA